AUUUUGCAAUGUGCAGCUUGUAGGAACUGAUCAUUGUUCUUUCAACUCAACACAGAAAGCUCUUGGAAUUGAUGAUUUCCAGAAAAUUCCAAAUGGUGUCAAUGGUAUUGAGGAGAGGAUGCAUCUUGUAUGGGAUACAAUGGUGGAAUCCGGUCAAAUUUCUGUUACUGACUAUGUCCGUGUGACAAGUACUGAAUGUGCUAGGAUUUUCAAUAUAUAUCCAAGGAAGGGAGCAAUUCGUGCCGGUUCUGAUGCAGAUAUAAUUAUACUCAAUCCGAACUCAAGCUUUGAAAUAAGUGCAGAGUCCCACCACUCUAGAUCUGAUACCAAUGUCUUCGAGGGAUGGAGAGGGAAGGUAAUAUUUGUCACAUAAAGGAUUUUAUUUUUCCAUAAGAUAGUAUGUUAUUACUUUAGAAUUAGGAAGCUACUGUUCCCUCUUUGGGGACACCUUGGUGGCUAUGAUCUACAGACAAGGCUGAGAAAAAACAAAAAUGAGAUGAGGUGUCUGAAAUGACAUAUAUUAUAUGUGUGUGUAUUUAUGCAUACUAUUAAAUGUAA